AUGGAACUACAUCACAGAAGAAACGCCAACACUCAGAGUUCAAACGAAGCACAGCCACCAGCAACAAACGAUCAGCAGCCAAAUCCGCCGCAAAAUAAUUGGCUAUUAAAUAAAGCCUGUGAUUUCGCCGUUGAACUAUUCACAACGCUUCGGCCUUCAUUGAAAACGAUCAUAAUGUUGAAGUCUACCGGAUUAAUUUUUUCUAUGGUGUGUCUAUUUGUUAACAGACAUUAUGCAUAUGAAGCUUUUUGUAAACAACCCAUUAUUGAUUCAUCAUUCACAAAAGAAUUUUGUCAAUAUAUUUUGGACGCAAAUGGCACGGAAAAUCAACCACCACUGAAUCCAGCGAUAGACCAAGGUCUUACAUUAUCAAAAGGCUUAGCAAAUACUGAUGUUUAUAUCAGCAGCAAGUUGGGCGAUGUGGAGUUGUCGUUCAGUGAUUUAAAAGGAAGAAUAUCGUUCAGUGAUUUGGAUCAGAUAGAAAAAAAUGAUUUCUACGGGAUGAUUGAGCAAAUCGUAGAUUCAGCUCGGACAACUAAACGUGGGAUACGCGGAAUGUUAAGGGCACACAAUAAUGCUUUGGGUGGAUUAGUGAAAUACGCAAACAAGCUAUACGCGCAUCUUUCAGAUAAAAGAACUAUUGUGUCGCGAUUGUGGCAGAAACCAGAACCAAUAGAAGUGGCAAUAGUUCCAGAGCAGUUUAUAGCCGAUUUGGAUGAACUUAUACAUACUAUAGGAAUUGCUUACAAUAUGUCACAAAAUACCGAGUCAAAUUUAGGUAAUGUAGUUUCAUGGAAAAACAUCAUAGAUUAUUAUUCGUGUCUUCAGAAUCGAAAAUAUCCGAAAAUGUAA